UGGAAUUGGAACCGUAUAGCGGAUGCGAUGAAACGAGGGGACAAACGAUGAUUAUUGACCAAACAAAAUAAACAUCUCUCCUUAGUUGCACUUUGAUUUUCAUUGUUUUUGGGGUCGACUAUAUAGGGUUAGCUUAUCAGAAUGGCGGCGGUAGCAGCAGCAAAAGUUCAAGAAGUGCGUGAAAUAACAAAGAUUGAGCGCAUCGGAGCUCACUCACACAUCAGAGGUCUUGGACUGGACGAUGGGUUGGAGCCAAGACAGGUCUCUCAAGGCAUGGUGGGGCAGCUGACAGCUCGAAGGGCUGCGGGGAUUGUUCUGGGAAUGGUGCGAGAGGGGAAGAUCGCAGGAAGAGCCGUCCUAUUGGCCGGUCAACCUGGAACAGGCAAGACCGCAAUCGCAAUGGGUCUGGCUCAGGCUCUAGGACCUGAUACACCAUUCACCAGCAUGGCAGGCAGUGAGAUAUACAGCUUGGAGAUGAGUAAGACAGAGGCUCUCACGCAAUCUAUCCGCAAGUCUAUCGGAGUCAGAAUCAAGGAAGAGACUGAGAUAAUUGAGGGUGAAGUGGUGGAGGUGCAAGUGGAGCGACCGGCUACUGGAGUUGGGGCUAAGGUGGGGAAACUGACACUCAAGACCACAGAGAUGGAGACCAUCUACGAUCUCGGCACUAAGAUGAUUGAGUCACUCACCAAGGAGAAGGUCCAGGCUGGUGACAUUAUCACAAUCGACAAAGCGACGGGCAAGAUUUCCCGUCUAGGCAGGUCCUUCACACGGGCUAGAGACUAUGAUGCAACUGGAGCACAGACAAGGUUUGUGCAAUGCCCAGAAGGGGAACUACAGAAACGCAAGGAGGUGGUCCAUACUGUAACUCUACACGAGGUAGACGUCAUCAAUUCCCGUACUCAUGGCUUUCUCGCUCUCUUUUCAGGUGAUACUGGGGAGAUAAAAUCAGAGGUACGAGAGCAGAUCAACAGCAAAGUAGCGGAGUGGAGGGAGGAAGGCAAGGCAGACAUUGUGCCAGGAGUUCUCUUCAUAGACGAGGUUCACAUGUUGGACUUGGAGUGUUUCUCUUUCCUGAACCGAGCCCUCGAGGACGAGAUGGCCCCAAUUGUCAUUAUGGCUACCAAUCGUGGUAUUACCAGGAUCAGGGGUACCAACUACAAGAGUCCCCAUGGAAUACCACUAGAUCUGCUUGACAGAAUGGUCAUCAUUGCCACAUCUCCGUACGAGGAGACUGAGCUUAAGGAGAUACUGAAAAUUAGGUGUGAAGAAGAAGACUGUGAGAUGACAGAUGAUGCAUUGUUAGUGUUGACACGAAUUGCCAAAGAGACAUCAUUACGUUACGCCAUUCAACUGAUCACUACAGCUAGUCUCGUGAGUCGCAAGCGUAAGAGCACUGAGGUUAGUAUCGAUGAUGUCAAGAGAGUCUAUUCGCUGUUCUUGGAUGAGGGAAGAUCCACUCAAUAUCUCAAAGAAUAUCAGGACGAGUACCUGUUUGAUGAGGCAGGCUCUGGGGAUAUUGAAACAAUGGAAGUGACUGUUCACUAAAAGUAUUUCUCAGCAUACACAAACUGUUCACAAGUGCUACGUUUUGUGUUGUACGAAGUUUAAUGUUGAUGUUAAUUUGAUAAGUUGUACAAAUAUGUAUUAAAUUAAUUUUUAUAAAAAGCUUCAUUUAAAAAUUUUAA